UUGAUCGAAAAUAAAUUUCUUGUUUUCUUGUCACAUAUCAAAUAAGUAUUUGGAAACCAGGGAUCUGCAUCAUCGUAAUUAUUAUAUUUCCGUACAAUGGCUGACGAAUCCAACGGGGAAUCCACUUUCGAAUUUGUAGACAAGAAGGCGGAUGAGUUUUCCGUUUCUGGAGAAACAACGAAAACGGAAUCUUUAAGCAGUUUGUCAUCUUCUGCUUCUUUCCUAACACCACUUGGUAUCUCAACUUCCACUGGCAAUUUACUGUCCAAUGUUGCACCGCCUACGGCAUUGCCAAGUUUUAUUACAAGUCCUACAAAACCAUCGGUUGAAUCCAAUAUUAUAUCUAAAGACAACAAUGCAUUAAAUCCCUGCAAAAAUAUUGACCCUGUCAAAAGUCAACCAUUGCCAAAUGUCAGGAAUCAAACGAAACAAUCACAUUCAAUGGAAGAAAAUCCUCCGAUUGCCUCUACUUCAUCGUCGACUAUUAUUAAUCAGAAUGUAGAAAGUGGAUCAUUACUUGAGAAUCCAUUGCAUGAAACUGGUGUCACUGGCGGUGGAUUAUUUUCCUGGGUGAAAGAGACUAUGGCAAACAGCCACGUAUUGAGCAAAGUAGCUGAAAAGGCAAAGAAUAGCGUAAAUUCUAUGAUAACUACUCUGGAUCCACAGAUGCGUGAUUUUAUUUAUUCCGGUGGAGAUGUAGAAAUUGUAGUUGCUUCCAAUAAAGAUGUGAAAGUAAGUCCUGUUCGUGAGGCAUUUCAAAGUGUCUUCGGAAAGGCAACUGUAACCGGUGUUUCUGUGAAUACAACUGCUGUGGCUGAGCAGCCAGUUGGAUUUGCUGCUGGCGUGAAAGGAGCCGAAGAAAGAAUACAUUCUGUUCGUAACAAUUCUGCUCUUCCAAAAGAUAUCCCCAUUGUUGCAGUUGAAAACUUUCUUCUUGAAGUUGGUGAAGACAAGUGGUAUGACCUUGGGGUCAUUCUUUUGAACGAUCCUAGACAUAAUGUAACUCUUCAGACAUUUACACAAAUGACACCUGUACCAAGUCAGAUAGUGGCAUUGGCCCAAGAAUCUACUCCUAAAGAUUAUCCACUGAGUUGGUCAGGUCUAUCCAUUACGAUUGGCAGUUUAAUGGCAACAAACUUACAGGUUUCACAUAAUGAAUGGCAUCAUGCACUGACAGGUGUAUCUCGAAGAAAUAUUAUUUUCUUAGCUGCUCAAUCUUUAGCUGGAAUAUACAAAAACACAAUAAAUCCAGUCUAAUGACGAAAUGAUAGAAAUUCAGAAAAUCUAAUUAUUUCAUAAUUAUGUGUAAAUACUACUAAGUAAUUCUAUUAUCGCAACUUCUGAAAAAAGAUCAUUUUGAUUAUCCAAGAAGUACAUACCGUACUAAUAAGGAUCAGGACAUUUUUAAACCAUUUAUAGUAUAUGGAAAAAGACUAUGGUACAGGUUAUGUAAUAUUUUUACUUACAGAGUCCUUUAGAAAUCCAUUACUACUGUACUUUAAUAUUUAUAAACAAAAUUAUAUAUUUAUGUAUAAUCACUCAAAAAAUUUCUUUAUAAUUACAUAUGUUCAUUGUAAGGAAAUUUAAGUUAAGUUUAUAUCGCCAACAUUACCAUUAUUUAGUAGUGAUAAAUGAUGUUUAAAGUAUCAUUUAUUCUUUUAAGAAAGAAUAUCACUUAUCCAGACUAUCAUAUAAUAAAAUCAUGAAAUAUAUUUUGCUCACAUGCUUCUAUAAUAAAUACGAGCUAAUAAUGUGCUUUGGACAAAUCACAGGUACAGGUUGCGUAAUCUUCAGUUUUAUAUAAUUAAAAAGUUUAAUACAAUAUUAGAAUAAUGAAAACUUGGCAGUACAUGGUAGUUUUGUCAGAGACUGAUUCAGAAGUUGAUCCGAUAUGGGGAGAAGUGCUCAAAUUGUAAGAUACAAUAUUUGUAUAUAUUUUAAGCAAAACAAAAAUCUUAUUUCGUCGCUAAAUUUCAUAUCCUGAACACGAGUUGAUUUUCGUGAACUUACUCUGAUGGAAACUUGUAGUUGUAUCGAGUCCCCUUACAAAUUUUUUUUAUGUGCGUAACGGUAUCGGCUGCAAUAGCUGCCAGUCGUUCCUUUCACCUUUUCUCGUUUCUUUACGAUCGUUCAAUGAACUGGAUCGGACGUUAUGUAAAAGAAACAAUAUAAUAUUUGUAUGUAUGUACAUAUGUGUUGUGCAAAGGUUUAAACAUAAUAAAUUGAAAUGGUUUAAU